AUGAAAGGAAGCAUGAGCAAAUUGGGCUGUCCUUACGAGCAAUAUAAGUCCCUACUCGAGGAAUCUGAUUACAUACUCGACAUAUACGAGCGAUCGCGAACUGAUGAAAGCAAGUACCCCCUCGGUUUCAUGAAAUACGUGUACGAGAGACUACUGAGAAGUAUUAACGGCUUUGUCAAUAAAGCUGGCAUUCUACAAUCGCAGCUCAGUCAUUUUGACCCCUCAAUUCGUUUGCGAAGUUCCGCAAUUGAUGGUGAUUUCUCAAUACCUUGUGGAGAAGCUCUUCAAAAGCUGCACAAAUCGAUUGGGCGUUUAGAAGGUUAUCGUGACAAAAUUGAUACCUUAAUACAUAAGUAA